AUGCUAUCAUCCCUUUUAUUCUCUCUCAUUAUAGCUCGAGACACAAGUUGCAAGUCUGUAAAGAAGAAUACCAAAAAACAAUCAAUAACAAAGGGAAAAUCUCAUUAUCUUCUUCUUAUGGGACGCCCUGUCGAGGACGGACAUCAUCGCAAAGGACUAGGAAUGAUUUUCGCGUCUCAGCACAGUGGAGAUUUCGACACUUCUAAGGCUGAAUCCAAACACUCAGAUCCAGCUCCGUCCAGUUCCAACAGCGAUCUCUCUAAUACACUACAAACGUCUUCAAAUGGGUCCACGUCAGAUCGUGGCUACAGCUACACAGAAGCGCUCUUCACGGGGACGCCGUUGUUAAAUGGAAGACCGUUUACAGCCUCUGAUAGGACGUAUUCACAAGGACAUGCCACUGAUCAUCCUAUCGGCAUUUUGAACGCAAAUGAGAGGAUUACGGAAAAUGUCCAAGGUAAAGCUGUGGAUGAGGACAAUGAUGGCAGCAGGGCUGACAAAAAUGAUCAAACACAAGAAGAAAUGCACACAGAUGAAGGUGUCAAGGGGGUAACGGUUAACAAGAUUCUUAAUAAAGGUCAGUAUAGUGGAGAAAAGAGUGAAGACAUAAGUGAAGACUCCAGUUUAAGGCAAUCAUCAAAACUAGGAAAGGAAAACUAUGAAGAUGGGCAUCCUCUACCUCCUCAUUCUUUGGAUAAGCAGGAUAAGUUAGAGACAAAUAGACAGGCAUACCGAGGCAGAAAAUUGAUCAACAAUAUCAUAAAGAGUGAUAAUUUGGCUGAUGAAGAUGUGCACGAAAUCAUGGCAACAGGUCACACUCAAGAGAAUUUUGAUAAAGAAAAUGUUGGGAGCAGCGGACAGCUUAGAGAGGAGAACAAGGCAAAUAAGGUAAUUCCUCUCAACACUAAGGUGAAAUCUUACGACGAGGAAUCAAACUUAUUAGGUUCGAACACUUUAACUCGUGAGCGCUUUAUGCAUCAGCAAAGAGACAAUCCCUUAGGAGAUCAACAGGAGGGAUUUAAUCAAAACAUCAUCAGUCUUACGGAAAAUGAGAAAGGGCCGCAAGGCGUAAAACAACAACAGGAAGAAAUUCAGCAACCGCAACAUAUGAUAAUUAUAACUGAGGAUUCUGGAAUGAAACAAAAAGUGCAAAAAGAGGACUCAUCUGGAAAAACCUCGGAUGCAAAGCCUCAUGCAAUGGGAUCAUAUUUAAAAGAGACCAGUCCUGUCUCCACUGGAAACACAGGUGGUGUUCAUGAAAUCAACAAAGGCAGUGAAACAAUACCACCAACCAAUGAAUCACCAGAUGGGCAUAGUGACUAUUCGCACAGCGCAUCUGGUCAACUGGGUGGGGAACAAAUGAGGCAGCAGACUUCAGACAUUGACGUUAACGCCCCUGCCGAAGCUUUAAGGAACCAAGAAACUGGAAAAUUAAACGAUUCCACGACAGGAUCUUCCCAAAAGGCUACAAUGUCAACUUCAGAUAAAAUAUUUGAAAACUUUCGUAGUCAUCUUAGACCGCAUAAGGUAAUAGAAAGUGCUUUUGAUGAACAACUUGCCCAAAGGAUACCAUCUGAACAGCAUGAUCCCCACGAAGCUCAUACCAGGCCGCCAAAUGAGAAGCCUUCAUCUUCUGUGCUGUACCCAGGGCUAGAUGCUUCACACUUGUCAUCAACCUACCGAGAAGGAAGCAGCCCCUCAGAUUUUAAGACUCAAAGUCAAGAGCCAACAAAGGAAAUCCCUUCAAUUCAGGAAUCUCCAUCUAGCACAGACACGACAUCAGUGUAUUUGACAGGCAGCAAUUUAAAGGGACCUACAGUGCAGCAAGAAAAAGCAAAGUUACCCACGGGCGCGGUAGGUGCGAGACUCAAUCAACAAAAUGCACCUCUAGUUAACAAUCCAGAUAGAAAUAACGAACAGGGAAAUGUGGAUAAGAUUAAAGAGAGUGCUGAACAGACAGAAAAACCUUACAGUUCAGCAGAUGAGAAUUCCACUGAGCCACAACGAUAUUCAUCCUCCAGAGAGCAAGGGUUCUUGAAUGUUCUGCUUUCACAUUAUCGACAGAGUAACACAGCAAAUUCCAGUACUGCAAAUAAUCUGCGAGCAGAAGAUCAUGGAGAGCACUUAGUUCCUUCGUGGUCAGUAAGGCCGGAAUCAGGUCAACUAGGUCCUUUAAGUGGAAGUGACAAGGAAGGAGCUACACAAGAAAAAAAUUCUUAUAAAGAAAAUCAAGUGGCGAAUGAUCUGCAGAACAACGCCAAAUAUGCCUUUCAGCAAAGCCGAGGUCCAAACAAAUCAGUAGACGAUAGAAACCAAAGAGAACAUAACCAAGAAAUCCCACCAAUUUUGGACCAUAGGAAAGGCAAUGGUUUAGACGAACACGGAUUUCAGUUAUCUGGCUUAUCAGGUCACAUUCUUAUGGAAAAAGAUGCGCAAAGCGGAUCAUCAUUUGACUUGACGGCUUCGCACGGGUUCGGUGCAAGGCCAGUAAACGGAGAGACGAGCUCCCAACAGGUUUCAGAAAAUAGUGCCAAGGAAGAAGGAGCAAAUGAAUCUUGGAAUUUCUUUAAAUUAACACCGACAUCCGGGUCACAGGAAUUUGCAGUUGGGAACCCUGAGCACCCCGGUGAGGUUUCAGUGAAACACGAACCUAAAGUAGGAAACAACAAUCAAAAACAACCCGAAAGCAAAAUGGACCAUGACAAUAGCAAUCAAAAGAUAGUCUAUUUUUUAAAGAUGGCGAAAGGCAUUCCACUUUUACACAACAGACCAGAAAAUGACGAGGAAGACAAGCACAAUCAGGUUAACAGUGAUUCAAUGAAGGAAAGAGAAAGAGCUAAUAGUGCUGGAGACAUACGCCCAUAUUCUUCUCCUGGUCCUAAUUCCGGUCUCAGUCCAACGGCUGGUAGAGAAGAAGGAGCCAUUGGUGAAAGUAAUGUCCCUAUAAACGUACGUCAAGGUAGGUAUAAGUCCGAUCCUCAAGCAAAAUAUAUGGAAAGUAUGUUCAUUCUUGGUACUGGAAAAGGAAUAUCUCAGAGUUGGCUCUAGCAAAGAUUUAUGAUCAAACCUACAAACAAUGUUUUAAUUCUGAAAUUUGUUUUGUCCUUAGAAAUUAUUUUGCUAACUUUUCAUACAAAACGAGUAAAUGAAAGGUAAAUGUCAUAAUCAGAUGAAGUCACACCAAUAUUUGUUAGUAUAUUUAUCAAAAAUUUACGAAGGAGCUACCGAAAUACAGCUUCCUUGUCUAAGGUGCAAGAAGGGAACAAACAAAUAAAUAAGUACAAGGUUAAUUGGUAAUGGCUCUUCACACAGAUGACGAAUACUUUGAGCAAGAAGCAUUGACAACACACAACAACUUUCGAAAGACGCACGGAGUUCCUGAGAUGACUUUAGACCGAGAUCUUUGCAACCAAGCUAAGGCAUAUGCACAAAAGAUCGCAAAUACGGGAGAGCUAAUUCAUUCAUCGCCGGAGGAAAGGGGAAAUUCUGUCGGAGAGAAUUUGGCGUAUGCCUGCUCGUCAAAUGGAAUUCCACUGACAGGGGAAAAGGCUACCAAAAUGUGGUAUGUUUUUUUAACUGUCUAGUGGCACUUUGCUUAAAAAUAUAGUCUACGUAUUAAGAAAAUAAUAAUAAAAAAGAAUAACACUUCCAAGUGUCAUUCGUUAGAACUGACUGCAUGAAGAGGGAAGCAAACAGCAUAUUCAUUUUCUGGCGCUAUCUGAUUAAAUCUCAGUAGAACCACAUCCUCGAACAUUUGGUUUUCAAUUUGGAUGACAGACAGAUGAGGAAAAACAAACAAAAGUUAAACAACCUCUAACACAUGAUGAAUUUAUUCCUUUUCACUAUUAACAUUACAAGGUGGUCGGUUGACUUUAUUUAAGGUGGAGUAAGUUGGGGGUUCAUAUCAUUUAAUAAGGUUCUUUUCGGAUUUUGUUCUGGAAAAUUUUAACGUGAACGUUUUCUCCCCAGUACUUUUAAAAUUAUUCCUCAGAUACUUUUCAGUAAAAUUUGAGAAACAAAUGGCUUCUAUGGUUACGAGAUAUCAGAGGAUAAGUGGUAGGGAAUGGAGCUAUUUUCUUUGAAGAUUGGGCGAGUCUUCCGCUCCUUUUGACCCAAACCGUGUAAAAUAUCUUGUGGCGAAACGGCGAAAUAACGUGUUAGCUUCCUCACUGUUUGUAUACAUGAUCUGAAGUUCAGUAAAAUAUCUAGAGAUAACCGCCAUUGGGAAUAAGCUCACAGCUGCUGAAAAGCACCGUAUGUCAUAUACUAGUAUUUAUCAAGUAGAGCACGUCACAGGCGUUCCACUAACGUAAGUUCGAUGAUCAAAUGAUUGCUUUAUUCCGUCUUUAAAGCAACCAGCCAUUUUCUGCUAACCUGAAAGGUGCAUUAGGAUCAGCCAAACAUAUGUGAAGACGAGAGGUUUUGAAGACGAGUCAAUGAAACAUAGAAAACAAAAUUAAAGGGUCAUUAUAGGGAUUAAACGGGUUAAAGUCUUUGUAUGUCACCUGCGUGUAGUUCAAGAAGAUUCAUUUUCAACUGCUCUUAAAUUGUAUUUUCAGGUACGAUGAGGUUUGUAAGCCUGGUUACAACUUCGCUGAUGGCGGUUUUAGCGGCAGCACAGGUCACUUUACCCAAGUGGUAUGGAAGGAUAGUCUCAGUCUUGGCAUUGGUCAGGGCAAAGCAACGCACGAUGGAAUGCAGUGCACCUACGUUGUGGGUCGUUACAAAACGGCUGGAAAUAUUCCAGGAAAAUUCCAGGAUGAAGUACCUAUGGGAAACUUUAACAAUGCCUACUGCAGCAAUCUCUAA